GAAAAGGGGGAGGAAGAGGGGGUUGCGGGGGGAGAGAGGGAAACACACUCGGUACCUGCCCGCCCCCCCGCGGCUCCCACCCUCGGCCCGCAGACCCAGAGCCCCUGCGGCGCGGCCCAGCCCGUGAGCCCGGGGUGAGCCCGGGGUGGCGGCAGUCCCGACCGGCCACGGGCCGAGCCGAGCCUCGCUGGCUCCUUUGUCUGCGGGCGGCGGCCGCCCCGGCCCCGGCCCCCUGGCCCGGGCUGUGCAAUGAAGCCCUGAUCGCCGGUCGCCGGGCACUGGGACGCAGGCUCGGGCUCCGGUGGUCUGGGAAUUUGAUUGCUGUGUCACAUCAGCACUUGCUUUUCCAAUCCCAUCUUACCCAGGAUACACUAGGUGUGUGUCAGCCCCCACCCCAGCCUGACCAGGGACCAUGGAUCCUGGAACUGGGUCCGAGUCAACUCUGACCGUCAAUGAGCAGGUCAUCGUGAUGUCGGGCCAUGAGACCAUCCGAGUGCUGGAAGUGGGCGUAGAUGCCCAGCUCCCCGCUGAGGAGGAGGGCAAAGGACCAGAGGGUGUGGCUGCUGAGAACUCCCAGGGCGGGGCCUGUGCUGAAGCCAGUGAGCCUGCUGGUAAAGCUGGGCCAGGCAACCCAGACGCCUCUACAGAGUCAACUGUGAAGUCAAUCCCGGGGAUCCCUCCGGGCCCUGCCCCUGCCAUUGUUACCUUCAGCCAAGCCCCAAGUCAGCCUCAGGCAUCGCAGACCCUGACGCCACUGGCGGUACAAGCUGCCCCCCAGGUCUUGACUCAGGAAAACUUAGCCACAGUUCUGACAGGAGUUAUGGUUCCAGCAGGGGCAGUUACUCAACCUCUUCUUAUCCCCAUCAGUAUUGCAGGUCAAGUGGCUGGGCAGCAGGGGCUGGCCGUGUGGACAAUUCCUACAGCAACUGUGGCUGCCCUCCCAGGACUGACUGCUGCUUCUCCUCCGGGGGGAAUUUUCAAGCCACCUUUAGCCGGUCUCCAAGCAGCUGCCGUGCUGAACACCGCUCUCCCGGCACCCGUGCAAGCUGCCCCGCCAGCUCAGGCCUCCUUGCCAGCCCAGCCCCGGCCACCAGCUCAGCCCCAGACGCUGUUCCAGACCCAGCCACUGCUGCAGACCACGCCUGCCAUCCUACCGCAGCCCACCGCUGCCACCGCUGCCGCCCCCACCCUCAAGCCAGUGGACACCAGCCCACAGAUCACCGUCCAGCCCGCAGGCUUUGCGCUUAGCCCUGGAAUCAUCAGUGCUGCUUCCCUCGGGGCACAGACCCAAAUCCUGGGCUCCCUCACUACAACUCCGGUCAUUACCAGCACCAUCCCCAGCCUGCCAGGGAUCAGCAGUCAGAUCCUCACCAAUGCUCAGGGACAGGUCAUUGGAACAUUUCCAUGGGUGGUGAACUCAGCUAGCGUGGCAGCCCCAGCACCAGCUCAAAGCCUGCAGGUCCAGGCUGUGACCCCCCAACUGUUGUUGAAUGCCCAGGGCCAGGUGAUUGCGACUCUGGCCAGCAGUCCCCUGCCUCCACCCGUGGCCGUCCGGAAGCCAAGCACACCUGAGUCCCCUGCUAAGAGUGAGGUGCAGCCCAUCCAGCCCACACCAGCUGCGCCCCCGCCUGCUGUGGUCAUUGCCAGCCCAGCUCCGGCAGUCAAGUCAUCUGGGUCUGCUCCCGUCCCCAUCACCUGCUCAGAGACCCCCACGGUCAGCCAGUUGGUGUCCAAGCCGCAUACUCCAAAUCUGGAUGAGGAUGGGAUCAACUUAGAAGAGAUCCGGGAGUUUGCCAAGAACUUUAAGAUCCGGCGGCUCUCCCUGGGCCUUACACAGACCCAGGUGGGCCAGGCUCUGACUGCGACAGAAGGUCCAGCCUACAGCCAGUCAGCCAUCUGCCGGUUUGAGAAGCUGGACAUCACACCUAAGAGUGCCCAGAAGCUGAAGCCAGUGCUGGAGAAAUGGCUGAACGAGGCUGAGCUGCGGAACCAGGAAGGCCAGCAGAACCUGAUGGAGUUUGUAGGAGGUGAGCCCUCCAAGAAGCGCAAACGUCGAACUUCCUUCACCCCCCAGGCCAUAGAGGCUCUCAAUGCCUACUUCGAGAAGAACCCACUGCCCACAGGCCAGGAGAUCACGGAGAUUGCAAAGGAGCUCAACUACGACCGAGAGGUUGUUCGCGUCUGGUUCUGCAAUCGGCGCCAGACACUCAAGAAUACCAGCAAGCUGAAUGUCUUUCAGAUCCCCUAGGGGUCAGCCCCAGCCCUAUGUUCCAGCACUUUGUACUCCUCUUGCCUUGGCACCCAGCUGUCGCCAGUGCCGUGAUGGUACCUGUCAUUUUGCUACGUGCGGCUGUGCUUGCCCUCGGUCUGAGACUCCACUGUGUGCAUGUGCGUCGAUGCCUUCCUCCUCUUGCCCCCACAUCUUCCAUUCUGGGGAGGGCAGAGGGGCUCCCCUGUGAGAGUCCCAGGCUCUGGGCUGGGCACGCCGCAGGAAGGGAUUUGCGGUGUUACUCAGAAAAGCACUUUGCUAAUAAGGUUUCGGAAAGGGGGAUUUCUGCCUGGGAACCAGAAACCCCCUGUCUUUGGGGCAGAGCUGUAGCAUCUCCUGAGGACCCUCGGCCAUUAGCUCUUGUUUUCUUUCUAUGGCAUUCUCUUUCUUUUUCUCUUCUCCUGGGCUUCUCUGUGUUAGUGUGGCAGGUGUGACAGUUGAUCCAGUGGAAGCACUGCCCUCCUCACCUUGCCUGGAGGCACACUGCACCCCUGAAGGGAUCCAGGAGAUAAAAUUUAGAAAAGUGUGAUAUGCUGCUCAGAAGGUUGGACACAUGUCUGACCUCAAGGUCAGAAGGUUCCCAAACCCCUGGGGCCAGAACGUGUGAGCUCCUCGCCCAAGUUCCUUUGAGGGGUACGGGGGGAUAUUGCACUAAAGCCAAAUCUUAUUUUGCAAUCUGUGUUGGAAGGAAGCAACAGUGAACUCUACUCAUCCUGGAGUUGUCCUGGGUCUGCUGCUGGAAUUUAGUAAAUGAGGCCAUCCUCCCAGAUUUUAAUCUAAUCUCUUCCCAUGGCCACUGCCCAUAAAACAAGAACUUGAAGCCUGGAAAAAAAAAUCCCACUCCCCAACCACGCAGGUAGCUCUGAAGAAAAAUGAGGAAAAGAAUGCUGAGUUUCUGUCUCCUUUUCUUGUCCAUACUGAGCCCAAUCCUGUACAGGGGCCUUCUCAAAGGAGCAAAUGAAACAAAAGGCCAGGUAGCAAGGCCCUCGGCAGGACAAUAUACAGAAGGAAAUGACGGCUGCCCAGGAAAGCUUCUUUUGGGAGUUGACUUAACUCAAGUUUUCUUUUUAAUUUUUUUUUUUUUAACAUUGGAGAAAUCUCAUUUUAUUGGGUGGUAGACUGUUUAUUGUGUAAGCAGUCCCCAAGUUCUCCUCUGAGUCAGGAUCAUGCCAGAUCAGGAUGGGUUUGCCUCUAGAGAGGGUAGCCAGGAAUGGGAGUUGGCUGCCAUCCUUACUGUGGCUGGAUAGCUCUUAACGUUCAGUGUGUGAGCUAGGAGGUCAGGAGAGAAUUAUGAACAUGUUGUAGAAGCUGUCCUUAAAAGACCACAAGUUGGGCCAGGGAUGUAGCUCAGUGGGACUGUGCCUGCCUGGCAAGUGCAAGGUCCUGAGUUCGAUCCCCAGUACCAAAAAAAAAAAAAAAAAAGACCACAAAUCCCAGGAGUGAACUACCCUUUCUCUACUUCCAUCCUUACAGAACCUGGUCCCUAGCAGCUGUCCUGCACUGCACCUCGUGUGACCUCCCCUGAGGUCGUGACCACCAGGAAAGGUCCCUCAUCAUCUGUUGGUCCCUGGUGCAGAGCCACCUCCUAGCCUGGCUAACUCGGGUGCUCUUUCCUCUUCCGCUUAGUGCUUCUCUCUCCAAGGCCCUGCAGCGCUAGUGUGUCCACUCACUUACUACCCCUGCCAGGGAGAGGAUAGUUGUGUGUACACAUGCUUGCGCCCUGCUGCAUUUGGACCAGCCAGACCUGCCACGAGCACGGUGGGCUGAGGAGGCAGGUGGGCAGCUUGCCUGAUCCAGCCUUCCAAGGGCAAGAAUAUCUCCAAAGGGGAGGCGCCACACUCUGGGUCCUGGGCGACAGCCACCUCUAUGAGAUGGGACUCACUUGAGAGUGCUGUUACACACGUGUUCAGUAGGAACCACGACUGUAUCCGAGUUUGUCAAGGGUUUGGCAAAGCGCACUUCGGUGAAUGAGAGAGAUGCAGGUUUCGUGCACAAAUGCUUGCAUUCAGGGGUGCUUUCUUUUUGGGGGAGAGACAAGGCAAUUAUAGCUGGUGCCCUGGGAGUAGCAUAGAAAACAGGGUGUGGACAAAGCAGAGGACACCAUCUGUCCUGUGGCAUGGCAGGAAAAAAAAAUCACAAACCACUGGUCUAAAUUAGGCCUGGCUGUGUUUUCUCAGCCUCUCCGUCAUCUAAAUCUGUCUUCCCAAGGCUGGCUAAAAUUAAAUGGUUUCUGUUCCUCUAAUGGAAAGAUGGAUUGGUCUUUCAGAGAGAUGGGUGUUUGCAGGCUGAAUUCUAUAGGCAGUGGGGUGUGUGUCUGAAGCAUACUGGAAGCAGAGCUCACCGCUGUGCUAUGCUGUGCCCUUGCUCCCCUACCUUGGACCCCCAGAAAGCAGCUGGAGCCUGGGCCACUCACUGAUGAAGUGGUUUUUUUUGUGGUUGUUUUUAUUUUUCGUUAGUAUCAGGCUCUGAAAUGAGUUACUAUUAAUUUGAUUUUGAAAGCAUUUUUCUGGUGUUAAGCCAGAGCUUAGUGGCUCCUUUGCCAUGGAAAGACAGGAGAAUGGGCAGAAAUGGCUAACUGUAUAAUUUGUGUUUGUUUUGUUUUGAAGUGAAAGAAAGAACAAAACUUUCUAUGGCCUGCUGAAUCAGCUGAGGCCUUUGACCCUGGACUGACCAUGACAUUUUAUUCAGGCGAAGUCCAGGGAAGAAUUUGGUCAGAAGAACUGAGGAACACACUUGAGUUUGGAACAAGAAAUGCUGAUGUUUUUGUGUUCUGGGAAAUCCAGUCAUCUUCCUAUGCCCAGAUUUCCUUUCUUGCCUCAUAGGCCAGAUUCUGACAUUGGGGUUCUGACUAUCCCCCAGGACAAGGCAAUGCCUACUGAGGGCUGGAGGAAAGGGUGGGGAGGGGAGAAUAGGGAAGAACCACUUGAUGUAGUUGUGUGGAAUAAACAGUAUUUUUUCUUUUGUAA